CCCUACAUUUAUUCAUUUAAAAAAGUCUUAGGAAAAGUAAUCUCGAACCAGAAAAAAGUCAACAGAGAAAAGGGAAGUGAGAUGCAUCUAUGGCCGUCAACGAGGCUCAGGGACUCCUUCAAGCAGGGCUACUUGCAGAAACUCGAAUGGAACCUCCGUAUGAUGGGGGCGGGCGAGAAGCAGCAGCCGCGGGAGUCCAAAAGCGGCGGAGUCGGCGGCAGCAAUCAUCAAAAGCUGCUGGAUGACGGCGGUGCCGACGGUCUAUCGGCGAAUUCCAAGGGUUCCGGUAACGGAGGAGGGGUAAGCUGCCCGGUGGUUCUCUGCAGAGACAUUCUCAUGAUCCUUUCUUGCUGCUAUUGUUGCUUCUGCUGCGGAGCCUGCAGCGGAGACGUAGAGGACAGGUGAUUGAGCUAAAGUAGGAGGAACAUCUAAGUAUCCAACCACAGCCACGGAAAUAACUGGUGCAACACAAAAGAGAGGAACUCUAUCAGAAAAGAGCAUUAUAUUGAACUUCCUCGUAUGUUUUCUCCAUUUACUUCUCAAUAAAUCCCUGUAAGUAUAUAAUGGCCUUUUAUUAGUAUAACUAGCGUUUCAUCUGUGCGGUUAAAAUCAUUGUGUUUGUUGUUGUAUUUGUAUUGUGACAUCAAAUGUACGAUAUUCAUUAUAAAUAGAGUUACUGUCAGUAACAAAAACAAUACCUUGAACAAUAUAGAGAAUGUCGAGCAUUUAAAGAAAAGAAAAGUUGAGCUUCUCCCUUUGCGUGCAUACCUCUUAAUGGUUCAGAUGUCUGAAUGGUUAAGAGAUUUGCCUCUGAAUGGUUAAGUAUUAUACAGAGUCUGAAUGGUUAAGACCUCUUAUCUGAAUUGAUCAGACAUUUGCCUCUGAAUAGUUAAGCAAUAUACUAGCUCUUAAUGG